AUGAAGGAAGUCACGGAGACCGGCGUCGAGCUCAGCAACGAAGAAAGAAACCUCCUUUCCGUCGCCUACAAAAACGUGGUAGGCGCUCGACGGUCGUCAUGGCGAGUCAUAUCCUCAAUCGAACAGAAAACCGAAGGUUCAGAAAGAAAGCAACAGAUGGCUAAAGAAUAUAGGGUUAAAGUAGAAAAGGAGCUCAGAGAAAUCUGCUAUGACGUAUUGGGCUUACUCGACAAACACCUUAUUCCUAAAGCUAGUAAUCCAGAAAGUAAAGUAUUUUACCUUAAAAUGAAAGGCGAUUACUACAGGUACCUCGCAGAAGUGGCCACAGGAGAAACCAGAAAUUCUGUUGUAGAGGAUUCACAGAAAGCAUACCAAGAUGCUUUUGAAAUCAGCAAGGCAAAGAUGCAACCCACACAUCCAAUCAGGCUGGGUUUGGCACUAAAUUUCUCAGUUUUCUACUAUGAGAUAUUAAAUUCACCAGAUAAAGCGUGUCAUCUCGCCAAACAGGCUUUCGAUGACGCAAUUGCCGAACUGGACACAUUAAACGAGGACUCGUACAAGGACUCCACCCUCAUCAUGCAACUGCUGCGGGACAACCUGACGCUAUGGACGUCGGACACGCAGGGCGACGGCGACGAGCCCGCAGAGGGCGGCGACAACUAA